AUGGCUCCCAAGAUCCUCGUCGUCCUUACUUCCCACAACCAGAUGGGUAGCACCGGAAACCCUACCGGUUGGUACCUUCCUGAGCUUGCACACCCCUACGAUGUCUUUGUGAAGGCUGGAGCCGAGCUGGCCUUCGCAUCACCCAAGGGCGGGGUUGCUCCGCUUGACCCUGCGAGCGUCGAAAUGUUCAAGGACGAUAGCUCCGUCAACUUCCUCAACAACCACAAGAAUCUCUGGGAGACAACGAAGCCACUCUCUGAGUUCGCCGACGCAGCCGACAAGUUCGACGCUGUCUUCUACCCCGGCGGACACGGCCCGAUGUUCGACCUGGCCGUCGACACGACGUCUCAGAAGCUCAUCGCCGACUUCGCAUCCAAGGGCAAGGUGGUGGCGGCGGUCUGCCACGGCCCCGCCGUGUUCGUCAACGUGAAGCUGGCCGACGGAACCCACCUGCUCAAGGACAAGGAGGUCACCGGCUUCUCCAACACCGAGGAGGACCAGGUGCAGCUCAGCCAGUACAUGCCCUUCAUGCUCGAGACGGAGCUGGAGAAGGCCUCGGGCGGCAAGUACACCAAGGCCGCCGAGCCGUGGGGCGAGAAGGUCGUCGUUGCUGGCAAUGUCAUUACGGGCCAGAACCCGGCUUCUGCGCACGCCAUCGGCGAGGCUAUCAUCAAGGCUCUGAAGGCCUAA